ACAUUGAAGUUGUGGAUUUUCUGUGUCUCAUCCCUAUAUAAUUGUCACUCUUAUCUCUAUAUUCUCGCCCGAUAGAAAGACAUAUACACCUUGCGUUGCAAUCCGAACUCGACAGAUAACCCCAGAACCACAGAGCCGGCUUACCUUCCAUCCAUCAACCCCACGAGUCAUCGCAUCCACUCCAUACCCUAGCUACUAACUAGUACUACGCCAACCACCUCAACCUCAUCCCUUCUUUCCUCCCUCUUUUUACAACCAUAUAUAUACACAUACACCUACCUUUGUCAACACGACAAUCAAUCACCAUGACCGACUCAAUACCACCCACCCCCAAUGGCCCCAUCGCCGCAUCACCCACCACCAACCACCCCACCACAUCAACACCACCACAAACAACCUCAACCACAACCACAACACCCCAAUUCCCACCACCCACCACCCCCUCCCUAUCCAGCAUAAUCGCCCACUGCCACUCGAAAAUCCACACCUUCCUCUCGGAAUCGCACCCUCCAGACUCCCUCCUCCACGCCGUACAAAACCAAACCCGCACCUCCCUAGACGUCAUCGCAACCGCCCUGCACCGCUACCCCCUCAGCGAACUCUCCCUCUCCUACAACGGCGGCAAAGACUGUCUGGUGCUCCUCGUCCUCUUCCUCGCCAGCCUACACCCACACCCAGCCCCCGAAGACGGCGGCCUAUCCUCUAUCCCCGCUAUCUACGCCCUGCCUCCGGACCCCUUCCCGGACGUCGAGGAAUUCGUGCAAUGGUCGGCCCGCGCAUACCAUCUCAACGUGCUCAAGUACACGACAGACCCGCCGCGCUCGACAAUCAAAUCCACCUUUGAGGAUUACCUGUUUCUGAACCCGGGAGUCAAGGCCAUUUUUGUGGGCACGAGACGCACGGAUCCGCAUGGUGCGAAGUUGACCCAUUUCGAUCGCACGGAUAGCGGAUGGCCGGAUUUUGUGCGCGUGCAUCCUGUUAUUGAUUGGCAUUAUGCCGAGAUUUGGGCUUUUAUUAGGCAUUUGGGGUUGAGGUAUUGUGGGCUUUAUGAUCGUGGGUAUACGAGUCUUGGGGGGACAGCGGAUACGCAUCCGAAUCCGAAGUUGCGGGUGGAGGUGGAUGGCACUGCUGGGGAGGAGGUGCCUGCGGGGCAGUAUAAACCGGCUUAUGAGUUGACAGAGGAUUUGGAGGAGCGGUUGGGGCGUAACUGAUUGUCUGGGUUGGUAUUGGUAUUGGUAUUGGCCAUUGUUUGAGUUAAGGAAACUCGUUGUCGGUUCAAUGCUCCUCUCU